GAAUGUCAGAGCUGUGCAAUUCACAGGCGGAGCGGCUGCUGCAUCCCGCCUUUCCCCGAAGUGUUACAUGAUUGCCACUUUUCAAACUCGUCAGCAUCCUUUUCUACACAGAUUCCGAAAUCAGCAUGCAGUUCUGGAGCACCACCGUCAGAGAGACCCACUUCCUCUGGUACAUUUUUCUUCUCUGCGUGGUUUUUGGGAAGACACACGCUGAAGAAGACUUCAUAGUCACAACCAAGGCUGGUAGAGUCCGGGGACUGAGCCUACCUGUUCUCGGUGGCACAGUGACUGCCUUUCUCGGGAUCCCCUACGCACAGCCCCCUCUUGGUAGGCUAAGGUUCAAAAAGCCACAACCCUUAAACAAGUGGUCUGGCAUCCAGAAUGCCACCAAAUAUGCGAAUUCUUGUUAUCAGAACAUAGAUCAAGCCUUCCCCGGUUUCCAAGGGUCGGAAAUGUGGAAUCCGAACACGAAGCUCAGUGAAGACUGCUUGUAUCUGAAUGUUUGGAUUCCAGCACCUAAACCGAAAAAUGCCACCGUCAUGGUAUGGAUUUAUGGUGGUGGCUUUCAAACUGGGACAUCCUCUCUACCUGUUUAUGAUGGGAAAUUUCUAGCUCGGGUUGAAAGUGUUAUUGUAGUUUCAAUGAACUAUAGGGUAGGUGCCCUAGGAUUUCUAGCUUUACCGGGAAAUGCUGAGGCUCCAGGGAACAUGGGCUUGUUUGAUCAACAGUUGGCACUUCACUGGGUCCAAAGAAACAUAGCUGCCUUCGGAGGGAAUCCUAAAAGUGUAACGCUUUUUGGAGAAAGUGCAGGAGCAGCCUCAGUGAACUUUCAUUUGCUUUGUCCCCAAAGUUACCCUUUGUUUACCAGAGCCAUUCUGGAAAGUGGAUCCGCUAACGCCCCCUGGGCAGUAAUGUCUCCGGAGGAAGCCAGAAACCGAACUUGGACCUUAGCUAAAUUUACUGGCUGCUCAAAGGAGAAUGAGACGGAGAUGAUUAAAUGCCUUCAAAAUAAAGACCCUCAGGAAAUUCUUCUGAAUGAAAGGUUCAUUCUCCCAACUGAUUCCCUCUUAUCGGUUUAUUUUGGUCCAACGGUGGAUGGCGAUUUUCUCACUGAUAUACCCCACACACUGCUCCAACUCGGACAAGUGAAAAAAACUCAGAUCUUAGUGGGCGUUAACAAAGAUGAAGGGUCAUCUUUUCUAGUGUAUGGGGCUCCUGGCUUCAGCAAAGACAAUGACAGUCUCAUCACUCGGAGGGAACUUCAAGAAGGUUUAGAUAUGUAUUUCCCAGGCGUGAGCAGCUUGGGAAAGGAAGCAAUCCUUUUUUAUUAUGUGGAUUGGUUAGGUGACCAGACACCGGAAGUUUACCGGGAGGCUUUGGACGAUGUUGUUGGAGAUUACAAUCUCAUCUGCCCUGCGCUGGAGUUUACCAAGACAUUUUCAGACCUUAAAAAUGAUGCCUUUUUCUACUAUUUCGAACACCGGUCUUCCAAAGUUCCUUGGCCUGAAUGGAUGGGAGUGAUGCACGGCUCUGAAAUCGAAUUUGUCUUUGGUUUACCUCUGGAAAGAGGAGCGAAUUAUACGAGAGCUGAGGAAAAUUUGAGUCGAUCCAUAAUGAAAUUUUGGGCAAAUUUUGCAAAAUACGGACAUCCCAAUGGGAUCCAGAAUGAUAGCACAAUGUGGCCUGUCUUCACAAGUACCGAACAAAAAUACCUAACUUUGAACACAGAGAAACCAAGAAUAAACUCUAAGCUCCGUGCUCCACAAUGCCGAUUUUGGAAACUAUUUUUUCCUAAAGUCUUGGAAAUGACAGGAAAUAUUGAUGAAACAGAACAAGAAUGGAAAGCAGGAUUCCAUCGCUGGAGCAAUUACAUGAUGGACUGGAAGAAUCAAUUUAACGAUUACACCAGCAAGAAAGAGAGUUGUAUGGGUCUCUAAUUAAUAGAUUUACCCUUUAUAGAAUGUUCAUUUUCCUGUAGGUGAGAGCAAAAAAUACAAGUAGCUCUCUCCACACAUACCAAGAAUGCUAUUAUACAGCAGCGAAACAAAUGCCAGAGGAGAGUAUUGAUUCCUCGCGUCUUUCAUUUAGUAUUUUACCUAACCUUUCAGAACCGGGUCACCAUAAGUUGAUUUAUUAAUUUAUAGAAUACAAACUUGGAGAAUUGUGUGUGUGUUAAUACCUUGUGCUGCUCUGAUCUUGCUUUCCUCGAUAACCUUAUGGGUUUGCCUACAAGGAGCACACUCUUUUUAUUAACUCCUCCAUUUUCAGAACCAUGUAGAAAAAAGUAUCUUGAAAAACUGAGUCAGAUUUUGAAACAAUAGACGUUAUAGCUUAUAUUCAUGUUUCCUAUAAUUUAUUUAUAAACCUAGUGUAAAUAUGAAAUAGUAAAAUAACAAAAAAAAAUUGGCUGGUCAUAUAUCCAGAAGCAAGAGAGAAUAGAAAAAUAAGAACCAUAGUAUCUGGGAAAGGUGAUAGUGAAAUAAAGCUGACAAGCACAAACUAAGGAAUUUCAUGUACCAUUGAAAAAUCAGACCAACUUGCUGUCCUGCAUCAGGAAACACUUUUCAGGCAUCAGUUCCUGAAAACAAUUUGGCAUAUUAAGCAGGUCUCAUACAAGAAGUCCACAGCGAAAGAAUACAUUGUUUAAAAGUGAACCCUUUUCCUCCAUGCUGUGCUUUGGGUCGGACCCUGAAAUCAGUUUAGAGGAACUCUUGGAUAUUGCGCCUUUAACAGAUUCUCAGAUGAAACAAAUGUUCGAGUUAAAUUACUCAUGAAUUGAAUGUAUGUGAAUCUAGACUCGACAUCAGUCAUUCCUCUCUUGGGUUAAUAAUGAGGAACUGUUACUAAUACAGCUCUCACCUAACUUAGGUGAUCUUUUGAUUCAUUUCUCAAAAUAUGACAAAUAGACAUAUCUUAGAUUAUAAAAGAAUAAGUGUGACUAAUCCAGGCAGUUUAGACCUUUAUUCUGAUCAAUUAUUUAUAUGCUGAAAAAUUAUUUUAGUGGAUUAAGGUUCAAAUUAUGAUUUAUGAGAACUAAAGCAAUAAGUUAUCUUUUUAAAAAGUUCCCUUCUUAGCCGGGUGGUGGCGCACGCCUUUAAUCCCAGCACUCGGGAGGCAGAGGCAGGUGGAUCUCUGUGAGUUCGAGGCCAGCCUGGUCUAGAAGAGCUAGUUCCAGGACAGGAACCAAAAAAAGCUACGGAGAAACUCUGUCUCGAAAAAUCAAAAAAAAAAAAAAAAGUUCCCUUCUUAUAAUAUCUAAUAUUUGAAAAAUAAUAUGCUGAACAUUAUAAUGAUGGGGUAAUUUAAAAAGUAAAGUAAUUAAGUUCUUAUCAAUCUGAUAGUUUCUUGGAUAAUUAUUAAUAUAAUUUUAGCUGUGACACAACCCAAUGCCUAAUAAAUAAGACAAUCUGCACAUUGCUGAAGAAAACAACAAAAUUAAUAGUGAAAUUUCAUAGCAUGGCUGUCAAUACUGAACUCAACAACACCAGUUUAAAAAGCAGAUUUGUAGAAUGAAAAGUGCUUUGCCUAAGUAGCCUGAAUGUAAAACAUUAUUUAAUAUCCUCUCACACUGAUAAAGAAUAAAGAAAAGUUCAUCAGCAGUUAUAAAAAUGCAUACAAAUGUGUAUUAGAGUUCUUUAAAGGAACAGAACAGAUAGAAUAAAUGCAUAUAUUAGAAAGAAAUUUAUUUGAGUGGCUUAGCAGAAAUAUAUUAGUAGUUCAAUAAUGGCUGUCUCAAACUGGAAAGGCCUAGAAUAUAGAAAUUGUUCAAUACACAAGGCCGAAAGUCUCAGCAUUCCCACUCAGGUGCUGGAAGCCUCAAGAAGAAAUACUACAGAGUUUCUGGGCUUUUGUCUUCUUUGGAAUACCCAAAAGUGGGUUCUAAUAUUAGAGAAGGAAUGUCACAUUAACAGAAUAGAUUAAAUUUACCUGCAAGAAUUAGGCUAAACAGGUAAAAUGCAAAAUUUCCUUCUUCCAUGUCUUUUAAUCUGAGCAGGCACCAUAAGGUGCAUCACACAUUUAGGAUGGGUCUCUCUGUUUCAAAUAACCAGAUCAAGAAAAAUCACUCUGAGGACUGUCCUGAAACAUGGGAAUAAUAUAAUUUCAGCAACCGUCAAGAUGACACCAAAAUUAGGCAUUACAAAUCCAUCCAUUGUCAGCCUGACAUAUAGCUAGAUUUCCUCAAGCAAAGUUAAUUUUCCAAAUGAAAGCAAUAAUCAAGUCAUAAUUACACCUAGCAAUCUAUACCUGUCUCAUGAAAAACUAUAAACAUAUUUUCUAUUUUAGAAUAACUAGCAAAGUCCCUUGAAGAUUCCUUAGUCUUUUAGUGUCUUUCAACUUAAAUAUGACAAUAUUGAUGUAUAACACUUAACCAAUGGUAUUAUCUCAAUUGAUAUUACAGUGCAUGCUAAAGAUAUAGAGGGAAGAAAUCAAAAAUAUCUGUGUAUACGUACUAACAUAUUGUUAACAUAAUAAGACAGAAACUCAUACCAAUUUCAAUCAUUUCUGCAAAUGAAUCUUGGCGAGUAUUUAUAACUACAUUUCUCUACUACCCAUUUCUUUUCCUCCACAUUUAGCAAGCAGCUUAUCUUUAUGGCAGUAAUGUCAAUUAAAAAUCAGUAUCCAAUAGGCCAUGCAAAUUGGAUUUUUUAUUUUUCCUCAAUGCUUAGUUACUCUAGUAAAAGACAAAAGGCCAACAGUAAAACUCUUCAGUAGACCAAUACAAUCCUAACUCAGGGGGACUUAGCCUUCCCUCAUUCAUGAAGUUCUAGGUUUUCUAACUGGAUCAAGUCUGAAAAUUGGCAGGUAGAGAAUCCUUAUUACGACAAUCCAAUUUAUCCUUUCUUGCAUUUGUUCUAGAAGUUUUCUGUUUACAAAGAUGAAACAAACACUUAGACAGGCUUCUAUUUAUUUGCUUCCUAGAAAUACCAUGUUUCACUAGACAGUACCAAAGGUCCCUAUGGGUCAGACUUUUGCACAUAUUGCUUUGUCUGUGUGGCCCAUUCCAAUACCUAUGCUUGUCUUGCCUUUGACAAUUCAAUGAUGCCACCUGACCUAUGCAAGUCAGUGGCCCAAUUAAACCCAUUACAAUUAAUUAACGCAUUGAUCAGCAGCAUCUUCAAUGUUAAGAUCUGACCUAAGGAAAAGAACAAGGACAGGGCUCUACAAAUGUGUUGGAGCCCUCUCAGCAUUUUCCAUGCUACCCACUCACCAUUUUCUGUAGGGCAGGGCAUGUAUUCUUUGCCCUGCCACUGUGAAGGAAUAGAUAUUUCCAAGUUUAUCUUCCCUAGCAUUCCAAAUUCUGUGUCUUAAAAUUCCCAUCAUCAAUAAUAAGCCUUGUCAAUAUAGCAGUUCCAUUCAGUUUCUUUUAAGUAGAAUAUCAUUUGAUAAAUACAUCAGCGUACCAAACAAUAUACCUCUGCUACCCUUUUUCAAUUGUGAAAGCUUCCAUAAUAAACCUAGAAUCGUCAUUCAGUGGAUGUAUAUCAAUAAUCUCAGCCUGAUCAAGUUUUAUGUUCCUUCUACCAUGAUACUACAUCGUUAAGAUCUAUUCCCACACAUGUUCCCUGGACCUCUACUUUCAUGAACUAGAAAGUUCAGUAAAUUCUUUAGUAGAGUCAUUGCCCUCAAAGACCUCACUUCUAGGAGCGUUCUUAGUCUCCUUAAAGGUCUACAGAAAACAAUUAGUUGGCACCAAGGAACAUCUGUAUGGUCUUGCCUAGCAUUUCCUUCAGGGAAGAUAAUUUUGAGUUCUUUGUACAAAACAGGGGCAAUUUUCUCAGGCAAGGAUGGAGAGAGGGAUAUGUUUGGAUGCAUAAUCUGCUAAGUGGGAUAAUAUAGCGAUUUGAAUGAGAACACCCCUCCCCCAGGCACAAGCUCAGAUACUGGAACUCAUGAUCCUCAGUGGGUGCUGUUGUUUGGGAGGUUUAAGAGAAACAACCUUGCUGGAGGAGAUGUUUCACUGUGGAUAGGCUUUGAGAUAUAUAACCUCAUUAUUCCUCUAGUUCACCCUUUCUGUAUCAUGCUUGUGUUUGAAGAUUAAGCUCUAAGUUUCCUGUUACAGGCACCAUGACUCCUGUUUGCUGUCAUGUUUCCCACUGGGGAUAGUUAUCUCUCUGGAAAUAUAAGCCCAAUAAAUGCU